AUGUUCUCCAAAGGAGGCUAUUCCCUGAUUUCAAGUGUAGAAAAAUUUGCUAAUGCUACACAAACAAUCCUACCUUUACGACGUCUUUGCUUAACUCGUACAGUUUAUGCUUCGUCAACUGAUAAAAAAUCGCAAUCGGUUGCACUCUCUCGGUUUGAACCAAAUAAAUACAUAAACUAUGAAAAACAAGCAUCUGUUUUGGAAGUCGUCAGAAAACGAUUGAAUCAACCAUUGACUCUUUCAGAAAAAAUCCUCUAUUCACAUGCUGAUGAUCCUCAUAAUCAAAAAUUUGAACGUGGUAAAUCAUAUCUGAAUUUACGUCCUGACCGUGUUGCUAUGCAAGAUGCAACAGCACAAAUGGCGGUAUUACAAUUUAUUUCAUCUGGUUUACCAAGUGUAUUGUGUCCUACAACCAUACAUUGUGAUCAUUUAAUCGAAGCACAAGUUGGUGGUGAGCAAGAUCUGAAACGAGCAAAAGAUUUGAAUAAAGAGGUGUAUAAUUUUCUGGCCAUCGCUAGCGCUAAGUAUGAUAUUGGCUUUUGGAAACCAGGCAGUGGUAUUAUUCACCAAAUUAUCCUGGAAAAUUAUGCUUAUCCUGGUUUAUUAUUAAUCGGAACUGAUAGUCAUACACCAAAUGGUGGUGGCUUAGGUGGACUUUGCAUUGGUGUUGGUGGUGCUGAUGCAGUUGAUGUGAUGGCAAACAUGCCUUGGGAAGUGAAAUGUCCAAAGGUUAUUGGUGUUCGAUUAACUGGUCACUUAAGUGGAUGGACAGCACCAAAAGAUGUAAUUCUUAAAUUAGCUGGUAUUUUAACGGUCAAAGGUGGUACAGGCGCAAUUAUCGAAUACUUUGGUCCUGGCGUUGAGUCGAUCUCAUGCACAGGAAUGGGCACUAUCUGUAACAUGGGCGCAGAGAUUGGCGCAACAACAUCGGUAUUUCCUUACAAUAAACGUAUGGCUGAAUAUUUGAAAGCCACUAAACGUGAAGAAAUCGCUAAUUUUGCAAAUGAAUAUAAGGAUGUUCUAUUAACUGCUGACGAAGGUGCCAAAUAUGAUCGCGUUAUUGAUAUUAAUCUUUCUGAGCUUGAACCACAUGUCAAUGGCCCAUUCACACCUGAUCUUGCUCAUCCAAUUGGUAAAUUAGGUAAAGAGGCAGAAAAGAAUAAAUGGCCACUUGAUAUUCGUGUUGGUCUUAUUGGUAGUUGCACUAACAGCUCCUAUGAAGAUAUGACACGAUCAGCAAGUAUUGCUCAACAAGCUAUUGAUAAAGGAAUCAAAGCCAAAUCAACAUUUACUGUGACGCCUGGCUCGGAACAAGUACGAGCCACAAUUGAACGGGAUGGAAUUGCUGAAAAACUUCGUGCGAUUGGUGGCAUUGUUCUAGCCAAUGCUUGCGGUCCAUGCAUUGGUCAAUGGGAUCGAAAAGAUAUAAGGAAAGGUGAAAAAAAUACCAUUGUUUCCUCGUAUAAUCGUAACUUCACUGGUCGCAAUGAUGCUAAUCCUCAAACGCAUGCCUUCGUUACAUCGCCAGAUCUGGUGACAGCGAUGGUACUCAGUGGUGAUCUUCGUUUUAAUCCUUUAACUGAUUCCCUGACUGCUGCUGAUGGCAGUGAAUUUCAAUUGAAACCACCCUCUGGUGAUAAUUUACCAGCACGUGGUUUCGAUCCAGGUGUAGAUACUUAUCAAGAGCCACCUCAAGAUGGCAGUUCACUCAAAGUUGACGUCGAUCCGAAAAGUACACGUCUUCAAUUACUUGAACCGUUUCAACCAUGGGAUGGCAAAGAUUUUAUUGAUUUUCCCAUCCUCAUCAAAAUCAAAGGCAAAUGCACAACUGAUCAUAUAAGUGCAGCUGGUCCUUGGCUGAAAUAUCGUGGACAUUUAGAUAACAUUUCCAAUAAUAUGUUUAUCGCUGCGGUGAAUGAAGAGAAUAACGAAGCGAAUAACGUCAAGAAUCGAUUAACAAAUGAAUGGGGUAAAGUACCAGAUACUGCUCGUUACUAUAAAAGUAAAAAUACGCCGUGGAUUGCCAUCGGUGAUGAAAACUAUGGCGAAGGUAGCAGCCGAGAACAUGCUGCGUUGGAACCACGACAUUUAGGCGGUCGAGCAAUCAUUGUAAAAAGUUUCGCACGUAUACAUGAAACGAAUUUGAAGAAACAAGGUUUACUCGCAUUGACUUUUGAUAAUCCAGCCGAUUAUGAUAAAAUAAAGCCUGAUGAUCGAAUUUCAUUAAUUGGCCUCAAUAAACUGGCACCCAAUGAACAAGUGGAAUGUCGGAUAAAACAUUCUGAUGGUAAAACGGAAACGAUCAAAUUGAAUCACACUUUCAAUGAAUCACAGAUUGAAUGGUUCAAAGCUGGAUCGGCACUCAAUGCUAUGCGCACAUUUUUCGCUUCAAAAAAGGGACAAAAGAUGAUAGAUAAAGCAACUGAUUAA